AUGGCACUCCCGAAGCAUCUCCGAUCCGCCCUCCUCACGACGGCCGUCAUCCUCCCCUUCCUCAGCCAGGUCUCCUCCACCACCUCCUCCUCCUCCUCGUCAGUCGUCUUCUCCACCUGCAUCGACAGCUGCAUCGGCAACGGCGCCUGCGGCAUCGGCAACCCGAGAUGCAUGUGCAAGGCCGCGAGAGGCUCCUUCCUCGACAACGUCCUGGUCUGCAUGUACCACCACUGCACGGGCGAGGUGCGGAGCGCCGAGGCGCUGUUCCUGCACCCCAUGGAGGCGGGCUGCGCGUCGAUCGACAAGCCGAUCCCCGAGAGCUCCAUCGACGAGGCCGAGCGGGUGCUGAGCACCCUCAUCGCGAGGCUGCCCGAGGCGACCUCGGAGACGACCACCACCACCACCAUCGCCAGACUCACCCCGAUCACGACGCCGACCACCACCCCGCAGCAGAGCAGAAUAACCCUGCAGGAGCCAACAACAGAGUCGGAGACGAAGCCGACCGAGACCAGGGCGUUGGGCUCAUCAGCAGAUGACAGAGCCCCAACCACGGCGGUCGCGAGCCAACCCCCCGCAAGAACAACAACACCGGUGACGCGAGCCAGCUCGCAGUCGUCCACCAAAACCAAGCCCGCGCCGAAUACGGACCCGACCGACUCGAGCCCGUUUGCAACCCCGCCAGAUAGCGCGGCGGGGCGGGGCAUGGGUCCGUCGUAUCUGUGGGCCGGCUUGCCCUUGGCCAUUGCCGUUGCCUUGAGGUGA